CCAUUCCCCACCCUUUCGAUGAUCUGUCCCACACCUCCCCUCUCUCUUAUCCCCUCCCUCUCCUCUGUCCACAGCGACACGGGUCGACGCGGCAGCGUGGUGCCGGAGACAGGGGAUCGUGGAUCCGGCGGCGGCGUGGUGCCGGAGACAGGGGAUCUUGGAUCCGGCGAGCUGACGGAGCCGAGCGGCUUAGGAUCUGCAGAUGCGGCGAGGGAGGAGCAGGACAUCGCCUAUUGUGGGAGCGCGUCACCCCCAUGGUGAGGGAGACUGACAGCUCGCGCGACCCUCGCGUAGCAGGAAGCGCCGCUGCGACAGGAGGAGGUAAGCGGUUCAGCGCGGAAGAGCUCGCGCGACCGCGGCAUGUGAGAGGCGAGUCCCCGUGGCGAGGGAGUUAACUGGUUCGGCAUCGGCAACCUGCAAGACUGCAAGUCGCAAGGUUAGCCCCCUUUUCAAACUAGUUUUUCAUGUGGUUAUCUCCUUCACUUGAGGAUCGAGGCAGCCAUGUGUGUUGCUUCCAUGGUCCGAGAGAUGAUUCAGCAGGAGGUGUGGAGAAGACGUGGGGAGAGAAAAGGGGGAUUGGUACACAAGAGCAAUUUUUCCCCAUCAAAUUUGUUGGGCAGUUCUGCACACAACAGUUAAGCCAUCAUGGGAAUUGUAGAAAGGAUUGAGAGACAAUUAGGGGCAUUGUGUUUGAAUCACUGCGGCAAUUUUUGCAGGCAAUAAUAGAAAGACAAUUAUCAUUACCAGUUUGUUCAGGAAUUGUUGAAUUAGGACAUAGUAGUAUCCCACAUCAAUUAUCCUAAAUGUUGUCUCAAAGAAGAGUUUAGAAGCAUAUGUCAUACUCUAUUUGAAAGUUCAGACUUCUUUUUUCUCUAAAAAAGAAUUGAUUUGCUGUAUCAAGGGAAAUCAAAGAUGGAUGAGAAGAAGAUGAUUCAGCGGCGGUGGUUGGGUUUUGUGGUUUCACGUUUUGAAGCUUCACGUCUGCAGCUGCGGUUUCCGGCGAGGUUCCAGUCGCCGUGGAUGUGGCAGAUAGGUGGGGCAUAGGGAUGGAUUCCUUGCUUCGGUCCCAAUGUGUGUUGCGUUGGGUCUACAGGACAAGAUGCUAGGUGGUGGUGCACCCUCCCCCCGUAUGUGUUUCCUCGAUAGAUCUGGCUAGCUGCACAGAGAGCAUUACGCAGUUGGCUAGUUAGAUUAUGUAGUUGCACAGGAACGGCAGGGAAGUUAAGUGCAAUGCAUAAAAGCAUGUCCAGGCACUUCGGGGUGUUUUUGCACACACAUAUGCUCAUUUGGCCUGCAAUGUAGUUUAGUUGCGCACACAUUGAUGUUUAGUUGGCAGGACUAGUUACACACAUAUAUGCUCAGUUGGUCUGCGAUGUAGUCUAGUUGCACACACAUUGAUGUUUAUUUGGCAGGACUAGUUGCACACACCAAUGCUCAGUUGGUCUGUAAUGUAGUCUAGUUGCACACCCAUUGAUGUUUAGUUGGAAGGUCUAGUUGCACACAUAUAUGCUCAGUUGGUCUAUAAUGUAGUCUAGUUGCACACAAAUUGAUAUUUAGUUGGCAGGACUAGUUGCACACACAUAUGCUUAGUUGGCCUGUAAUGUAGUCUAGUUGAGGCAUAAGGAUGCAGAGUUGUUGUCGCGCGCUGCAAUAGGAUGCAGAGGGGGCGGUGGGAGUAUACAAAGUUGCUGUCGUGCGUGGCGACGACUGUGAGGAACCACACACGGCGGCAGACGGUUGCUCGAGCUUUCGGUGGGAGUGGUUCACAGGUUGUGGGCGAUGUUUUGUUUCUGCGUUUGUAUGGGACUCCGGCGAAUUGUUGGUUGCCAGGGAAUUUUGUGUGUUGCAUAUGGGCUAGUCGUUUUGCUUUAGGUGUCCAAUUUUAGUUUUUUUAGACAGGUCUGGCGAAGUUGCACGCAGAGCAGUACAUAGUUGGCCAGUCAGGUAAUUUAGUUGCACAAGAGCCUCUAGGUAGUCGAGUACACUGCCCAAAGCAUGUUCAGUCUGGGGUGUAUUUUCUGCACAUACAUGUAUGCUCAGUUCGCUUGCAUUGCUGUCAAAUUGCACAUUCUAUUUUUGUAGUUGUAUACUACAUGGAUGCUCGGUUGGUUUGCUCUCGUUGUUAACCGAAUAAUCAAUGACAUUUUUGCCAACUAUAUGAUACGCCUGCUGCCGAUGAUGAUUUUUUGCAUUUUUUUGUAUGCUACAUGACUUUGUUCUCGUUUUUCGUGGCUGUAACUAAUUUCCUCUAGUGAUUGUAGUUAAAUUAUGUAGAAGUUGCAUACCCACAGGUUGUUUGUGGGUAAUUCACACAAGCCAUUGCUAAUAUUUCAAUUUCUUUUCUGAUUUUUCUGUACAUGAUUUUAUAUCAAUAGUAGGUUUGCAUAACUAGUGCUUCAAAUAGCAGGCUAUCUGUUAGAGAGACGCAUGACAUCCAAUUUUAGUUCCUGCAGUUUAUCCAAUUUGGUCAUUUUUGUAGUACUAGUUGGCCAUUUUAGUAUCCCUAGUUGGAUAUGAGCAUGAGAAAGCUGCACAAUACGGUGAUACUUAGUAGGCAGUUUAAUUAUCUUGUUUCUACAUAGUCACAUUUCUUGUUGGCAUCUCUAGCAGUUGUAGUUGCACACGAACCUCAUAAUAGUUGGCUUCAUAUAUAAUGCAAGUUUCUUUUCAUACACGGAACUAAUUCAAGUUGGCACCCCUACAGUUUGUAGUUGCACAUGAACCUUAUAGUGGUUGGCAUCCAUAUAAGGCAUAGUUGCAAUGUUGCACAUGAACUUGAUACUAGUUGUCAUCUUUAAAAAUUCACUAUUUUAACAAGUUUCCUGUCUUAAUUAUUUUAAUUAGAUGUGCGUGUAAGUAAUUUGCCCCAUCCAACCAAUGGCAUGGGAUAACAAUCUAAUCACCACAGUCACUAAGAUGGGAGUUGAAAGCGCAUGGUGUGUUUGACAAGGUACAAGCGAGUAGACCUUUUUUGCUCCCUAUCUUUUGUUUUUUAAUGCAGCUCCCAUUUUUUUACUUGCACUUGUUUGUUCUGGUAGUUGCACAACUAGGAAUAUCAGUCUGGCACAGCAACCCAUGGUAGUUGCACAGAUGCACCUUUUUUCUCAAUCUCAAAGGUAGUGGAAGAGGGAACAAACAAACAAAUCAACAUGAGUUUGAAACAAACAAAUCAAAUUUUGGCGGCACUUUUUUUAUCAAACUAAACAUCGAAGUAGAUUCUCUCAGUUGCACACAUGGGUCUAAUCAGUUGCACAGAUGCACCUACAAGUUGCACAAAUAACACACAUGAUGGGCACUGUUUUUUGCUGUUAUAUUGCAUUUUUUCUAUUUUCAAGCUUUUCACACAAGGUCUAUUCCAGCUGCACACAAUAGACACAAAUCCGAAAGUACUUUUAUUCAAGUCAAAACAUCCAAAUUACUUUUGUCAGUUGCACAAUUCUUUUUUAAGUUGCAUAGAAAGAAGCCAUAAGUUGCACACCACAAACCUAUCUAGUUUCAAUAUGUUGUCAGGUUUGAUGCCACAUAGUGUUUUUUCUGUUUUUCCAUAGUUUCACACAGGGGAUUCUUCCAAAUUUGGCCAAGAUGACAUACAACAUGGGGUCCCAUGUCUUCUCAUGAAGUUUUUGUUCAUGCAUCAACAAUCUUACAAGCAGUAACACAUCUUCUUUUUGUUUUGUUUUUGUCUGCCAACCAGGAGCUGGAUGAACUAAAACAUUACUGCAUUAUAGAUAUGACUAGUAGACUAUAUGCAAUAAACCAGAACAUAUGACCUAUAUAUGUUACAUUUUCGGUACAACAUGAUGUUCAUUUAUUUCAUUUGUCUGUGUGUGAGUUGCACAGUUUGAAACAAAGUUGGUUGGAUUACCCGAUCGAAAUAGUUGGUCGCAACCAAAUCAAAAGUUCCACAAUAUGCAAUUCCAUAUUUGUGUGUUCCUGGGGUUUUAUGUUUGUUUUUACACAAGUUUAGAUGAACUUUUUUUGGAGCAGUUCUGUAGUUGCAGUCAAUAUGAAGAAGGAUUGGAGAAGUUGAAUUCAAGGCGAAGAAGAAGAGGAACAUACCACCUUGAUUCCUCUUUUUUUCAAGUUGAAGAUCUACAGCAGCCUGAUCUUCCCUGACGGCUCCUGACAUAGGGAAGGCUCCCAUGGCGUGUUUCUGGUUGCUUCUUUUGUGGGGAAGAAGAUGGUGGGCGAGGCAGCAGUAGAUGGGUUGGUGUGCACUGCUUGAUUGGUGAAACCAGGAAGGUGGAAGAGAAAUGGAGGGGGGCAGAAUCACGUGGGUUCAGGGCUGGAGUGGGACGCUGGGGACCAUACGUUUUUUUGUGCUGUGGAGAAUUGCCUUUUUCCUUUCUUUCCUUGUUGGGACUGGGAGGGGACAUAAACUUAUCGUAUCUAGCAUGCCGCUCGGGACCGCUAGGGAGCCAACGGCCGCUCCCUAGACGCGUCCAAAAAAGUAUACCGGUUAAGUAGGGGUAAAGAUCACCCCCCUCCCCCUAAUAUCAAAAGGAAAAGUCCUGAUAUUAAUUAUAGAUUGAAAUGGACGUCAACAAAAGAUUGAAAUGCGCUUUGGUGUCUUUAUAUUGUUAUAUAUUACCAUCGUUUUCUCCCCCGUGAUGUUUUGCUGCCCCCAUCUGCCACCGUGGACUAUUCUUUUUUCUUGCUCCUUGCCACUGGCUGUGUCGGCGAGACGUCGGCGGGCGGACGGUAUGUACGUAGCGGGAGAGAGAAAAAAGGCGGGGGAGAAAAAUAGGGUGGGGCGUGCGGCACACAGUCAACGACUCUGCGCGCCGCCUUCCGACGGGGACGCGAGCGCCAAAUCGGAGACGCCGCGUUGGGGAACGGGGUGUACGGACCGGCCGGACCCCGGUGACGCGCGAGUCGUCGGGGCGAGACGGGCUGCUUCAGGUAGCAUUCCUGCUCGUAUUCGCAGCUUAUUUCCCAAGGAAAAACUCCCGCGGCAGGAAAAAGGGGAGACGUUCGAUCCUCUCGGGGCACGGAUACGAGCGGAGUCGUGUUGGCCACUUUUCCCCUCUCCUCGGUUCGCUUCUCACCGGCCAUGCAUCCGAUUCCCUUCCCUUCCCUUGCCCGAGGGAGCGGCAACGGCCAACCCAAACGAACCUCGCGUUGGGGCGCGAGAUUAGACAAAGCAAACCCGGACCAGAACACAACCCCAGAAUGGACACGCACUAGGCGAUCGCCCUCGGCUCCCCCCUCGUCCCCUUCCCUUCCCUUCUCCCUUCCACCUGCGCGGUGCCUAACCCCUCCUCCUUUCUCUCCCCCAGAUGCGAACACCCCGCCGCCCCCUCCUCAUAACCCGCCGACCGCCGCGCCGCCUCUCCUCCCACCUUCCUCCGGCCCCUUCCCCCCUCCAGCCAAGCCCGAUUCCUCUCCCCGGUUUCCGUUGUGCUGUGGAAACUCCGCCAAGAUUGGGUGGGAUUCUGCGCUUGUUUUGGAGCCGGCGGCGUUGUUGUCAUGUUUGAUUGAUGCUGCUAUUAUUCUUCGAUGGAGGGGGUAGGGAGAGAGCACGAUAGCUCCGUGGCGCUGCCCGUGGAGGAUUUCGGCGCCGCCAAGGAUACAACCAGCGUGAGCACAAAGCCUACAAGGAGGUACCCGCUCGCGUCAUGGGUUGCCAUACUGGCCCUGGCCACCCUUGUGGGCGUAUACAUAUUCUCCUUAUCUCUCAAGCAAAACGGGAUGCUGUUCGGGCUCAGGCAGACCAACAUGAUAGAGAAAGAAAGGGAGCAGCCUUGCCACCACCCGGGAGUUCCAGAGACCGAGAUCCCUUACGUGCACUUCCCCACACCCAAUACUUAUAGUAGGAAAGAAUGUGCAUGCACACCAGUUAGAUUCUUUGCUAUCUUGUCGAUGCAGAGGUCGGGAAGUGGAUGGUUUGAAACCUUGUUGAAUAGCCACGAGAAUAUUAGCUCAAAUGGAGAGAUUUUCUCUGUCAAAGACAGGCGUAGCAAUGUCACGGCCAUCACACAAACACUCAAUAAAUUGUACAAUCUCGACUGGGUCAGCAGUGCCGCUAAAAAUGAGUGCACGGCUGCUGUGGGGUUGAAAUGGAUGCUCAAUCAGGGUCUGAUGAAACAUCAUCAAGAGAUAGCUGAAUAUUUCAACCGAAGGGGUGUGUCUUUAAUUUUCCUUUUAAGAAGAAACCUUCUGCAGCGAUAUGUCUCUAUAUUGGCAAAUGAUUAUGAUAGAAAUACGAAGCAACUAAAUGGAACUCACAAAGCUCAUGUGCAUCACAGAGGCCAGGCUGAUGUUCUUGCUCAGUAUAAGCCAACAAUAGACACAAAAUCGUUGAUUGCUGAACUGAAAAGGUCUGAUAAGUUGGCAGCUGAUGGUUUAGUGAGUUUCAAGAAGAUCCGGAGUAUUGUCCUGUACUAUGAGGAUGUGGUCAGCAAUCGCACUAAGCUUACAGAUGUGCUGGAUUUUCUGAAAUUGCCAAAGAUGAAGCUAUCCAGUCGGCAUGUGAAAAUCCAUACUAAACGGUUGCGUGAUCAUAUUGAUAAUUGGACUGAUGUUUCUAAUACUUUGAAUGGGACUCAAUACCAGAGCUUCUUGAAUGGUCGAAGAUGACCAAAUUAGCUAGGUGUAAAUAAUGUUGUAGUGAGUUUCAUUCUUUUGACCCCUUCUUUCUCCCCUGCCAUAGCUAGCAGAGUAAGCCAAAGUUGGCACUUGUGUCCAUCAUGUGCUAAUUCAAAGGGCUCAUUUGGUUUCCAUUUGACGUCCUAACAUAUAUAUAAAUUAGCUGAUUAAAUUAA